AUGGCGGAUAUCAAACUCACCCGCAAAGCCAGAUAUGAGACCGCCGAAGCGCAAAUUCUAGACUUGUCUUUCACGAUAGAAGGUGCAGCUUUUGAGCACCCAGAUGUCUUCGAUAACUCCAAGCCCGUGUUUAUAAAUGCUCGUAAGGCGUCCAGCAUAAUGUACAAGAAAGCUAUUGCAAAAUGGGAGGAGAAUCCAAAUGGACCAAAGUCACGCGAAACCUUAGAGUUGACAGCAGCCGAGACCGCUCAAGAGAUUGAAGAAGACAUGGAGCGGUAUUUGCUUGUGGGUUGGGUACCCCAGACACAGCAGCAACCAGGGAAAGUUGUCAGGCGUUAUGGCCGUCCUGUGGGCAUUGACCGACCAGAGGAAGACAAGAUCAUCACAUUCGACAAGGACGAAGAUGACCUCCCGCUGAUGGUUGUAGUGAAAUCCUUGGAUGAAGAAGUCAAGCUUGCUUCCGUUUUCAAGUAUGUUCUACUAGAGCAAGUCGAUGGUUUAUGCACUCCCUACAGUAUCAAUUCAAAGGAAGUCUAUCACCUCAGUCUUUACAGGGACAUGACGACGAUGAACCAUAAAAGGCUGGCCGCGUGGAACCAGCUGGCAUGCAAAUACGCAUACCAAGGACAUAAGAAACCAGAGGUUUGGAACACCAAGAGAUCACAAGCUACCCGAGACAGGGAGAUGGCCGUGCCCCCACCAAACAAGGACUCCGGCAAUGACGUUGAUGCAACUUCCACCGAGGACAUGCUAGAGGACAACGCUUCGUAUUCCUCAGAAAUGGCGGAUGUCCCCAGUGACAUCAGUGAAGACCUCUCAUGCGACUCAGACAAAAUCAGGGAAUUACAGGCAUUCGUCGAUGCUGCCAACAAAGAAAAUGCACCGUUCACGCAAGCACAAGCAGAUGUCAUGGUCGAGGAAGCCCAAGUAUUAUGGUCCAAUGCGCAACAUCUCGACAGCUACCAUGUCUAUCUUCUGGCUCAGGGAAUGCGCGAAGUCGGACUUGCCCCAGCAUAUCCUCACCUCAAGGCAUUCGUGUUGGAAGGAUGCUAUCACAUUGCCAAGAUGUCCGGAGAAGUCACCAUCGAGGAGCUGGGUGCGAUUGCAUUGCAGGCUGAAGAGACUGUGAAGCGCGUACUGAGCUAUAUCGAGUAA